UUGGUUUUGAUGUUGAUCUUGUUCUUGAUGUUAAUGUUGGUCUUUAUGUUAGGAUAACAUGCAAGACCAAAAGACGAUAAGACAAACAACACUAAUCGGAGAGUUUCUAGAGAAAUCCUAGAUAAGUAAUAAUAUUUUCUAAUAACACCAUCUCAGCAACAUUUCUGAUUCUGUACGCAGAAGCUUAUUGAUUUGCUGAUACAAGCACCCCGCUGCGGUGAAAAGCGCAACCACUUUCUACUCUUCAGGUUUUUCUUUCCAAAUGUACCUUCAUAUCAUGAAGUACUUAAUAAAGUGCGAUUUCUAUAUCAUAUAUAACCGAAAAACAUACACGUUAACUUUUGCGACAUUUUUAUAGUCCCCUAAAUGACUUUUCUAUCAAUAAAAAAUAUUUCUACCGCAUUCGUUUUCCCAACUUACUGCUGCGCGUACAAUAAGUAGAUACGAUAACGAAAGAUCAAUACACUAAAACGUUUUAGCCAAAUUAUUUCCAAACUUCGAUUUGAUCAAGUGUGUGUUAAUUAGUUCAAUAGGGUGUGUGUGUGUGACACAUAAUCUAUUUAUUCCGAUAAAUAUUCUUCUAUUUUUAUAAGUAACAAAAAGAGACAAAAAGUAAUGGCCAAAUUAGAUGGAACAGGACUAGGUUACUCUUACCACUUACCCUCAGCAGGGUGGAGUUUACGAAUAAGAAAUAUGCUAACUCAGUUUAGUGACAUUUUUAGUGAAUUUAAUAAGUAUAUAUCGCCAGCAUAUCAUCAUGACCGAUGUGAAAGAUCUGUCCAAAUGAGAUUAUAUUCAAUGCAUAAACGAGAAUUCGUUAUGGUUUUUAUCACAUUUUUUGUUUGCUUUGGACUCGCAUUAUUUAUAGGAUUAGCCGGUCCACCAAUAACUCAUACGACAGUAGUAGAUGGCAAAAGUAUGCUAUCUCAAGGUAACAAAACCCGGUCGGAUACAUCACACAUAGCCACAGGACCGUACACCAUGAGAACGCCCACAAUGUCGACUUACUGUCAACAACUAUGGGUGAUUGCCAAAAUUACAACAGAAAACACAGAUGAAGAAAUAUAUGACAAAACAUUCCAUGUAACGGUGUCUAUCGAUGGACUGACGGAGGAACAUAAACCAACUCCAAUACUUCAUAGCAGAAAUCCAAAAAAUAGGACAAGACAUUUGAGUUGUAUAAGACAGGAUUGUGAAGAGUUUAUAGUUCUCCAUUUAGGCUUUUUGGAUUACAAUCACUACAUAAUCACCGUCCGAUUCUAUGACUUGGAAUCAUUCCAUUUUAGAUAUAACAUAAAAUCUGUUACGUUUUACUUCAAAACCUACGAUCCUGCGUUUACACAAGUGGAAAUAUGGUUUAGAUUUAUAUUCCUGUUUACAACAUUCGUUUUCACCUGUUGGUUCGCACAUACUCUCCGAAAAUACGUUGUCUAUGACUGGUCAAUAGAACAGAAAUGGAUGUCAGUGUUACUGCCUUUAUUAAUGCUCUACAACAAUCCCAUGUUUCCAAUGAUGUUUUUAGUAAAUUCCUGGAUACCAGGAAUGAUUGAUGCAGUUGCUCAAGCCACAUUUUUGUGCGCUCUACUAUUAUUUUGGUUAUGUAUCUACCACGGUCUCAGACAGAAUAACAGAAAGGUAUUUUUCUUUUACUUUCCGAAAGUUUUCAUAGUUGCCAUGCUAUGGUUAUCCGCAAUAAUUUUGGCUGCCUGGCAAAAGUACAAUGAGAUGCAAGAUCCGACUUACAACCACACGACAGAUACCAAAAAUUUUUACGCUUUGAAAGUAUUCUUUUUUACUUUUGGUGGACUUUACUUCGCUUAUUUAGUACUUUUGGUGUUAAAGGCUUACAGUGAAUUACGAUGUAUGCCAUUUUUUGAUAUGCGUCUAAAAUUUUUGACACUUCUUAUGCUUGUGGUUAUUGCCGUAAGUUUAACUGUAACGAUUCUCCGUUUCGGGGUUGGAGUUUUGGAAGAUAAUUUUGUCGCCGAAUUAUCUACCACCUACAAUAGUUCUGCACAAUUUAUGUCAUUUUAUGGCCUCCUUAACUUUUAUCUCUACACCAUGGCGUAUGUCUACUCACCAGGAGAUAGAGCAAGUUACGAGGUAUCGAUUACAAAAGACAACCCCGCAUUUUCGAUGAUAAAUGAUUCAGACGAGGACGUAGUCUAUGGGUCAGAUGAAGAAAGCAGAAGACCGUUGAACAGGAACCGAACCGAUGAUGACAGCGAUUAA